AUGAAGUUCCCUGGCAAAGCCAAAAGCUCCGAUCAUCAUGAUCGUUGUUAUGGUGGUAGCGUGAAGGUGGUUCCAACAACAAUGUCAGAAAAACACAAGGCUCAAGAUCUUGAUUUUACCACCCAUUCAGCCGAUCUUUCCAAGCUGUUUAUCGGGCCAAAGUUUGCCCGGGGAGCCGGCAGCCAGCUUUACCGCGGGACUUACGACGGCCAACAAGUCGCCGUAAAAAUAAUCCAACUUCCUGGCGGGGGAAUCCAGGAGAUUGAUAUAUUAGACCAAGAAGAUGAUGCUGAGGAGGAAAAAGACCGACAACAAAAAAUUAUCUCAGAUCGCUUAUGGAAGCAAUUCAAGAACGAAGCCGGUUUGUUAUCUCGUCUUGGCCACAAGAACGUGGUAAAACUGGUGGCCGCCUACGAAAAAGCGCCGGUUCUCGGGGUCGUCACGGAAUAUUUACCCGGCGGUUGCUUGCGGUCUUAUCUCAACCAACUCCUGAUCAAACCGGUUUCCUUACCCAAGGUAAUCAACAUGGCGCUGGAUAUUGCGCGCGGGAUGGAAUACAUUCACUCGCAAGGCGUCGUUCAUAGGGAUCUUAAGCCGGAAAACAUACUCAUCGACGCGGAAUUUAACCUGAAAGUUGCUGAUUUUGGAGUGUCAUGCAUGGAAGCUGAUUGCAUUAACCUCGUUAAGGAUAAGACGGGUACUUUCCGAUGGAUGGCUCCUGAAGUGAUGAUGGGAAAGCCCUUCAACCGAAAAGUGGAUGUGUAUUCCUUUGGACUAAUGUUGUGGGAGUUGGUGUCCGGGAAGGUUCCUUUUCGGGGCAUGACCCCGGUUCAAGUGGCUUUCGCCGUGGGGACAAAGAAUCAGAGGCCCCCAAUUCCUCAGCGGUGUCCAAAGGCGAUGAGGCUCCUAAUCGAGGCGUGUUGGUGCUCGCGGUCCGAGAAGAGGCCGGAGUUCUGGCAGAUUGUCAAGGUUUUGGAGCACUUUCGGGGCGGUGGCGAGACGCUGGAUACGGCCAUUGAGGUUCCCCGUAGGUGUUCGGAUGAUCACCACAAGCAAAGGCACUGGCACUGGCGCAUGCAUUGGAUCAAAGUACCCAUGCCCAAAUUUGGAAUAAGUUUAUGA